AUGGCAACAAAUUUAAGUAUCUCUAGAAAAUCAUUUAAACGAUCGGUUUCUAUAACAGAAAGGGAACAAAGUACUACGAAUAAAAGUUUUUCUGGUGUAGUCGAAUGGUCAAAUGAUCAAGAAUUUAUAUCACCAUAUGCAAUACAUACACAAGCAAUUGGUCUUUUAUUUUGUUUAAUUACAAAAUAUUUAAUUAAUAUAUCUUUUACAACUUUAUAUCAUCGAAGUCUGAAAAUUAGUUGGUUAGAUUUAUUGAAACGUGAUCGACGAAAUUUAAAAUCAAAUAUACAUUCAGUUGAAAAAUGUUUUAUGAUCAAUCGACUUGUUGCAGAAUGUGCAAAAGAUCGGUAUAAAUUUGCUCAACAAACAGGAGAAUUAUAUGAAGAAAUUAAAAGGUGUAUGUCAAGUACACUAUCAGUAUCAACAUUGUCAUUAGACGAUUUCUAUAGUCAAGUACAAACUUGGAGAAUUUUACAAUGUAAACGACGUUUAUUUCAUACUACUCAUAAUGAAGAUAGUCGUCCACAAAGUUUACUAGCCUUACAAAAAGCUGCUAGUACGCUUUAUUCUCAGAUACUAGAGCGAUAUCGAGUAAAUCCUACUAUAGAAAAUGUGAAUCAUUUAAAACAGUUACUUCAACAUUGUUUUAUUACUGUGACUCAACCAUCUAUUCCAGAAUGUGUUGCAGCUACAAAAUACGAAAAAACACGCAAUACAUAUACGGCUAAAUUAUUUGCACGUAUUAUAUGUUUAUUAGAUAUCGAUACAGUUAAAAACCAUUUGACACUUUCAAGUGCUGGUGUUAGACUUUAUCCAUUCGAUCGUAAUCUUGAUACAAUAGGUGAAGAACAAUUGAUACUUGACUGGCAUGAAAAAACAAUUAUGGACGCUGAAGAACAAAUAAAAUCAGUUCUAUUUGUUGAACUUGAAUCAAUUGAAUUAAAAAAAUUAGAUAUGCGAAAUGCACGACCUUUAUAUAGUGCUAAACUUUGUCAAUUACAAUUUCAAAUUAAUAUUAAAAUUAAUGAUCUUAAUUUGGAAGAAACUUUUACAUCUCUUUCACAACCAUUCGGUCUUUGUUCACAUGCUCAAUAUUAUCCUGAAUUUGUUGCUAAAGUACUACUUCAUGAAAUUGAACAGAUCGUACAGCCUAAUGGUUUUGCAAUUCAACCAGAUACUGUUAUUGAUUAUAUUGAACGAUAUUACAUACGUAUUUCAGGUGUACAAAUGAAACAUCAUACUUCACAAUAUAUUUUGCGCAAUUUACAAACAGUUUAUGAUCGACGAAAAUCGAAUCAAAACGUUAUGUCGCAUGAUAUCUAUGAAUCACUAUUAGCUCAGAUAAUUAGUCAAAUGGAAAUGUUUAUUGAUCAUCCAUUUCUUUCUAUGAUGUAUCAUGAUGGUUUAUUUCUUGGUAUUUGCGACAGUGCACUUGAUCAGCAAUUACAUGGUACUCGAGAAGAACCACAUAUAUUACUUCGUUUUAAUUCGCUAUUAACACAUCAACCAACUCAACAUGCAUCUGUUCGAUUCAUUGUUCAUAAUGGUCAAUUAACAAGAGCUACUUUUCAUACAAAAGCAUUUAUAGAUGAAAUUUGUCGAAUGAUUUGUGAAGCUAAUUCGAACAGAGCAAAGAAGAUUCGAGUUCUAUCCGAAACAUCGGAUCAUAAUUUCUGUGAAUUUAAUGAAUAUUUUAGUGAUGAAUUAUUUCGACUUCAUACACCAGCAUCUCCACUGAAAGAUACAUAUCAACCGUUCAUUCCUGUUCUAUGGAAUACAAUGAAAUCAAGUGUAGAUCCAACAGAACAACAGCUAAAUUCGCCUUCAAUGAACUUAGAAACAAUACCAAUGGAAUUAUCUGAAGCAAGCACAUCAUCAAUGAAUGAAAUUCAAAUUGAUCUAUCAAAUGCAGUUACAACUUCUGAUCAGCCGAGAGAAUCAAAUAGAAAAAUUACCAUUCAAACUGAUAUGCUUGUUCAUCAUAUAGUAGAGAAACUUUCUGAUUUAUUGAUACAAUCUUCGAAAGAUGGAUUUUCAACUCCUAUUCAUAUGAGUAGAGCAUCUACACUAUUAUCAUCCGUAACGGAAGGAAAUCGAAAUCAACAAAAACAACUGUUAUCUCAUUUAAUAUAUGACUAUUUUCAAUCGCAAACUUAUAUUGAAGUUUCAACACAAACUUCAACACCUACAUCAGAAAAGUCACCGGCUAGUAUAGUCGAUGAUAUUUAA